UACUAUUUGCAAAACAUUUUUUUUAUUUCAAUUUUUUCAAAGGGAAUUUUUGCUGCUCAAACACUUCAUCAUGACAAAACAAAAGAGAGAGAGAGAAGAAGAAAAAAAUCACAAAAGAAAAAAAAGGAAAGUAGUGGAUCCUAUUUUGACUACAUCUGAAGGGAAAAAAAAAGAACAGACUAAAGAUAUUUCACAAUACAAACAACACAUAUCUCAAGGGUUUUUCCCAACAGGCCAAUCUGACAAACAAAAACGCACUCAAAAGUCUCAUGCAACCUCCUAAACAAAGAAAAAAAGCGACUUUCAAUAUGUGAAUCACUUCUAACUAACCCACCAUGACAAGACCAUCCAAAGUCCUAAUGCAGCCACCGCUGCUUUGAGAAGCGGUCUUGAUGUUUGCUCUAGCUGUGAUUGACGUUGUUGGACUUUGACACCAAGUCCUUCAAUUGCAUUGUUAGCACGUUGCGUGGUAGAAGUGUUUGAUGCUGUAGUACUAGCGGUAGUAGAUUCCGGAGUAGUUGUAGCUUGGUUGUCUUUUUUCUCUGGACUGGAAUCUGCUGGUUUAGGUUUUGGGUCUCCCAUAUUGGGUAAGUCCACAGCAUGAUCUGC